AUAAAGGUGUCUUAAACGUUUGAGAUGUUCGCAAAAAACAUCCAAUUAUUGGCUAAGAUCUAGAUAUGGAUACGGGGUCUCUCAUUACAAUGCCAAUAUUAAAGCAGAGUCAGACGAUGAACUUGAUGUGAGGACAGUGAUGCCAAAAGCAUGUCGCGCAUAUUUACCGUGAUAAUGAAAGAAGUCAAAGAAAAAUCGGGAAAUAACGAUGAUGCCUUCUGGAUUCGCCAAUACACGGGAUCAGACGCAAAUAUUAUAUACGGGGAUAGUUUAGAUUGACCACCUAAACUAAAUUCAUAGUACGGCCCAAGGCAAUCAGGACCUGGAAUGUAUGGGGCACCUCUUGGAAAAUUUACAUUGUGUAAAUUGGUUGUUGUUGUUGAACCUUUGGGAAUAUCCUGAAUGAAAAUGGUUUCAAAACUAUGGAUGGUUCUCUUCGAAGACCCCACAAAUGAUAACGUGACAUUUAAUUAAUAAAGGUGAACCGGUGCGAAAUAACAGCCCGCGAAGUAUCUACAGCAGCAACAUCUAAUAGUUUCAUGAUCUGGGCUUGGUUAACAUCUUCCGACCUACGCUAAGAACGAUUUACGUGUCUUUCCAAACGUAGAAGAUUAACUGUGGUGAGCAGCGCGGAGCUCGUUCAGAGACAUUAGGAUGCCUGAGAUUUCCGUUUUCUCAACAAGCCAGAACGAUACUUUACCUAAUUACAAGUAUUCACUUCCUAAUCCUAGUGACAUUCACAAGAUACAGCGGCGAUCGCUACUUUUCGAAGAUAGAUUUAGCGUAUAUUCAGCUGGUGCUAGAAGAAGACUUAAGUCUGUUUUAACAGUCAAUACAUCGAAAGACUUGUGUAGAUUUAACCGAGCAUCCGUUGGUGUUGAAAUCGCACUCGUUCAACUUCAACAAAUAAUGGACACAGUUGUAGCAAACGUAAGGAGUGCGUUAACUUGGGUUAGCUCGAUCGCAUUAUUGUCGCUGGAAAGAGAAUAAACGAACUGAAUUAAAGAGUGAAGAAAGAAGACUGAAAAUUAUAGAUUGAAGUUUGGAAAAAUCUUCCUCCCUAUACACAAAAGUAAAACACCUAGGCUCACUGAUUAUAGCGAAAAGAAAACAACCAAACUUCUGGACUCCAAGUAAAUCCAUAGUGGGAUAUGCUUGCCUACCAGAUUCCCGUUUUAAAGGGUAGAAUGUCCCAUAAUCAUGCGGACUUAGAUCGGGAAAAUAGACGGGUUGAAGCCAACACUAUUGCUUUUUUGCUCAAUUCAGGGAGCAACUGAAGCGUGGCGACGAAAUCUGGCAUUGUCAUAAUGUGUAUCACAACCAGACUGCGCGUUUUCCGAUUACCGUAGAAUCAUUAAUCUCUUGAAUAGUUCGAGAUAGCGGACUGUAUUCAUGGUUUAAUUUUCGGCGAGCAAUUCAUAGUAACAAAUGCCCCUGAUGUCCAUUGCAAACAGUACUAUCACCUCGUUUCCGAACGCGCUUGGCAUUGCCACUGAACUCAGUUUUUUUUCUAAGGCAACGCGGUUCUAUCGCGUGAUCUUUCUUCGGCUAGUAUCCAUCUACCCAUCUCCUACAACGACCGUAUGCUUCACGCGGAUUUUUUUUUUUUAUUAAUUAGAGCCUGAAGUGAAUCCUUGGGGGAUCCAUUUGUACGAAGUUGUUGCAUCUUCAGUAUUUGGGUUAAAUUAUGUAAUGCGUUUCAUGUGAAAUGCUAGUUUUGGCUGACAGAGCCCUUAGAUUUCAAGCUCUGCUUUCGUGAAAACCCCCUCAAUUGCAGCAUCCUUUGGGUCCCGACAUCUGGUUCUCAAAUUCUCAAAUCUCCGUUCUUCAAACGUUUACACCACUUAAGUAUUGUGUGCUCCGCUAACUUCUUCUUGUCUAAUACCUCCACCAAUCAUUGAUACAUUUCUCCAGCGCCGAGGCUUUCGAGAAACAAAAAUUUGACCACUGAAUCUUAAGUUUUGACACUGAAAAAUGUUUUUCUUCCCGAAUUAUUUGCCCAAUGUAAAUUUAACUCGCUUAAGUUUGUAGAAUACUGAAAUAUUUGGCUAGUCCUAGUAGUGUGUAGUUUGAAAAUUACUAUAUUUCGAAGUCCGCUGGAUUUGCUUGUAACAGUCUAAUAUUUUAUGGAUUACGUGUAACUUAAAGCCCGUUGAAUGAACAAAUGACUUCCUAUAAACAAAUCUAUUUCAGGCAAGUUUAAACGAGAUAACGAAAAUUCGUCAGUCGUCGUCUUUAUUGAUCCCUUUCGAUCCGACCCUUGUCGAUGAAAGCCAGUACGGCACCGCAAACGCUAAUGGUUGGAUGUCACAGAAAAAGUGAUCCGAGGUUCCGGGUCCCCGAAAGUGAUACGCCCUUUAACUUGAGCGGGAAGAUUUACCCUCAGAUAGGCAGAAAAACAUCUGCAUUGAUUGCUUAUGCUGCACUUGUGAACGGUUCAGGAAAUUCGUAUCGUUGCACUGUUUAUCGAUUAUAAGUGCAGGCUGUUGUGCGGAAUUCCAUGUUAACUGCUGUAACAGUUCACGGUUUUACCCUCAUUGUACAUAACGCCGUCUAUCACCAAUAUUUGAAAUUGUCUUUGCCUACGUUUGUCUACGGACAUUUGUGAGACUCAGCCGAUUAUCUCAGUUCGAUAGCGCAGGGCUGUAUUCAAGGAUCUUUCAUCCAGGAGUUUCUCAUGAAAAAUAUUAUGGAAGUGAUAUUUCUAGAAGCAGUCUCGUUUAUCAUGGAAAAAAUGGAAAAUACCUGAUUUUAAACACAGGUAUCUGACUGAAGCUAAACUGUCAGCAGGAUAGGCAAACGUUCGCUGUGUACGAGUUUUGUAGUUCAAAAAAAAAGCUUCCCUUAGAACGUACCGUCAUUAAACUUAAUGGUGGACAAAUGAUCCUGGGUACUUCUCAUUGUACCAAAAAAGAACAGAGCGCUAAUGUUCGGGCUAUUCCAGGCCGAAACUGCGAUCAGGUUCUGUCAUUUGGCGGAUACGUGCACAGGUGACUGUUCGACAGGUAUUUAAGCCCUUCCAUGUCGACCUUGCGAUACAUCCACAAACCUUUAGCUUUUUAACAAAAGAUGUAGAUGACCGAUACUUUAAAGACAGGACUUCUCCACUUUGGCUCUUAUUUCAAUGUUGCACGCCCCAAGGCUUAAACGGGUUACAAAUCAUUUCAAAAAUUAGUUUUAAAUGGUAUUAGUGGGAAAAGCGAUAUUAAUAUGCUUUACUCCACCAAGUGAUGUACGUCGCACGCAAACAAACCAGCAUAUUGAAAUUUUGAUUUCACAGUAUCUGAAAUACUCCAAAAUGAGCAGGUGUUUCAAAGAUGAAAACGCGCAGAAAAAAAACUAACCGUUCAAGCUUAUCUGCAUGACAUAACGGGCGAUAGGUGCUCUCGUUGCGCCGGAAUUUCUGAUUCAUUAGGAAUGCCCUUUUUGCUAUCUUGACAAAUUUUUAAACUAUUCCAAUUUAACUUUUUGUUUCGCCUUAUAGAAAACCAUUUCCUAAUAUUCAAAAACUGCACGGAACCUCGCAGCAAUGUCGGCCAUCGAUUUCGGGCCACCAAAGAGCUCGUAAUUCCAAUAGGGCUAGACUAGCGUGUAAAUAUUAAAUAACAGUCAGCCUUCGCUCGUAUUGGGAAGGCAAACCUACUGCCUCCGUAACUAUCGGUCUGUGGCUCUUUUCUCGAGGAACUAAUUUUUCAUUAGUGCUAAAAAUGGCAGAUGCACACAUUCGUCCUACACAUCUGUGCAAACUUAUCUCAAACGCCUUUUAUGCCUACAGUGUAUAUAUAUACACAGCUAAAAUUUGGGAUUUAUGCUCGCCACAUAGAACAGCGCAACAUACUCUCACCGAUUUAGUUUGUUUUUAUAUAAACCUGAUUGAUUAAGUAUCAGCUAAGUAUCAGUUGUUCAAAUAUGUUCCACGUAGAAUUUGAAUUGCAUAAAAUAAUAGUUUAAAAACAACGAAACAAUUCAUUGUCAAACGCGCGGUUAAUUUUAAGUAGCUUUUUACUUCGAUAUGAGCAAUGCAACCCGAUAGAUGUUUAAUUUACAAAAAGUGUGUGACUUUAAACCCAGUUCUCCAGAGUGGCAAGCUGCCACAUUUCCCCUGCUUCAUCUCCCAACUGCAGAUUUUUGUUCUUCUAUCUACGGAAUACUGGAGAGCGGAUACUCAUCGCUUUUCUUGUUUGCCUUAGAGUUUGUUGUCUACAAGUGCAUAUAGAGGAAUGAGCACACUUUUUUUACACACCUUUCGACGUAUUUUUAAAACUACGAAGGGUGGCUAUAAGAAUUUGUGUCCUGUUCUUCGAAAUUCGUCAACACAACCAAUAUGAACAAAAUAUCUGUAUUAAUUGGAGUCUACUACUUGCAUAUAUAAUUCAAAGUAUUGCUGUUUUCGCAGCGCUCAGCAAUCCGCGGAUUCAUCCACACAGGGCAAAGGAACGAGGAAAUUGGGCAAUCAGGUGAUCCGCAAGGGCUACAUGUGCAUUCACAACCUGGGAAUAAUGAAGGGAGGAUCGAGGGACUAUUGGUUCGUCCUUACCUCGGAAAGCCUCUCCUGGUACAAGGGGGAGCCUGUGGUGUCGUACGUCAGGAGGCGGCUAUCGGCUUCGGAAGCGAAGAGUUUGCGUGCACAAGAUGAUCUGGGCGAUUUUCAGCAAAACAGACGAAGAGGAGAAGGAGAAGAAGUACAUGCUACCGCUGGACGGGCUGAAGAUCAAGGACAUCGAAGCGGGAUUCAUGAGCCGCAGGAACACCUUUGCGCUGUUCAACCCAGAUCAGAGGAGGAACGUGUACAAGGAUUGCAAACAACUGGAGCUAUCAUGCGAGAGUCAGGAGGACGUCGAUUCAUGGAAGGCGUCGUUCCUCCGAGCAGGCGUAUACCCCGAGCGACAGAGUUCAGAAGUGGGCGAGGAGGGAGCGACGGAGGGCGGAGAGGGCGGAAUGGGCUCGGGCUCGAUGGACCCACAACUCGAGCGACAAGUCGAGACGAUUCGCAACCUCGUGGACUCAUACAUGAAAAUUAUAACCAAAACAUUCCGAGAUCUCGUUCCCAAAGUCAUCAUGUAUCUUUGUAUCAACAACACGAAGGACUUUAUUUACGGCGAACUGUUGGCAGCAUUAUACGCGUCGGGAGAUCAAAGUCAGAUGAUGGAGGAAUCGCCAGAGGAAGCUGCUCGUCGAGAAGAGAUGCUUCGCAUGUACCAUGCCUGCAGAGAGGCCUUACAAAUUAUUGGCGAUGUUUCGAUGUCAACAGCAUACCACCCUGCUCCUCCGCCAGUCAAACAGGACUGGCUGCCUCCCAGUCAGUCGUCCGAUCCACCGACAUCACCGGGCGGAAACAGGCGUCCUCCGACGAACCCGGGAUCAGCGGGUCCUACGGGCCCCCGAAGUGCUCCACCACCUCCCGUGGGUCGGCCCACCCCUCUUCCUCCCCAGAUACCCAACCGACCGAGGCCAGUUGCCCCCUCUCGUGGGGCUACUCCGACCGUUCCUCCUCGAUCCUAAAUUUCUCGGUCGGUAAUGAUGAGUUCGUUGACAACGAUGAUGACGAUGAGGUCCUAGUCGGAAUCGAACAAGAGGACGACAGUGAAGUGGCCAUACAGCUUGGACAGGAACAGAAUAACAAUAACAAGAUGUUGAAAGAUGAAAACCAUAGAAUCCGAGUGAUGUAUGAUUGGAAUUUCCUUGUCAGUCGGGAUGACGAUUACGACGAUGAUCAGGACACUUCAAAGGCAGAAGGAUGUGACAGUGAGUUAUUAUUUGAAGGCGAAGAUGCUGGGGAAAAGGACGAUGCCGAUGUAGAAGAGGGUGACGAGUUAGGGCUCUAUGUGGAUGGGGAAAGAAACGAUGGUAGUAAUAGUAGCAGUAGUAGUAGUAGACGGGGAAGAUACGGAGGAAGUGGCCGAGAUUCGACGGAUGAUAGUGAUGAUGACGGGAAUCGGCAGGAAAGCGGUGCCAAUCAAAAACAUGGAGGCCAAGAAAGGGCUCAAGGCGGACGUCAAACCGAGGAACGCUCAUCAGCAAGGGAAGAUAGCCACGAGCACCACAGCGAAGACAGCAACCAUAACUCCAACAGCAGUAGCAGUAAUGGCGACUCCAAUGGAAAUAGUAAUCAUGACCAUUCAAACGGAAAUCGUGGGGAUAAAGAGGAUAAUGGGCGCAGAGAUAUUGGGGAGAGAGGUGUACAAACCGGCAGAAAUGGCGCAAUCCGCGAACAGCAGGAAAAUCCAAAGGCUGACGAUUCUGAUGGUGACGAUGACGAAAGCGGCGAUGCAAAUGAUGACAGAAAUAGGGAACCUGAACACCGAAGAUCCGGCCCACAUCAGCGGCAUAGACACAAGGGGGAAAAUAAGUCAGACGAUGAUACUGAUGAUGAUGAUGAUCAACUUGAGCCCCUACAAGAGGUUGACGAAAUUGCUGAAGAAGUGGAUAAGGGAAACGAAGACAUUUUACCGCGAGAUCCAGAUAUUCGGGAAUCUUUUCAGAGUGUAUUGGUUAUUCAGCAGGAUCUAAAAUACCAAAUGCGUUUAGAAGUAAAUCAGAGAGCUAUCUCUACUACUACUGCAUUAAUUCCUUCAUCCUGUAAAUUGCUCUCAUUUAGACCUCAGGCCCAAUCAGAUUCGUCACUUGGUGAUGUUGAUUCGAUCGGCGAAAAGAGCCGCAGUUUAAUUAGUGUAUCUUCAUGCACAAAGACCGUACGUAAUGCGUCUACACAGGUCAAUCUUCUGGAAUAUUCAACGUCAUUGUCUCGUUCGGAUAAACACAGUCAUCGCUAUGGAAGCCGCUCGAAUGGCGGUGGCUCGGGGAGGGGUGGUCAUCACAACGGCGCGGGACAACAUCAUCGAUCUUCACGAAAUGGUUCAAUACACUCAUCUUCUCAGGGUACUCGAGCGCCAUCUGCUGCCAACUCUCAGGGUUCCAUUCCUUCGCUUCCAUCAGUAUCAAAACGACCCUCAGUGUCAUCCAACCGUGAACCAUCAGAAGGUUCCCAGAUUUCCCAGGUUCCAUCGCUGUUGGGUGGAGGCUCCCAACCGCCGUCGGAGCCGCCGUCGGGUGUCCAGUCUCGGAAACAAUCUCUAGCUCCAGGACUGCGUGCAACAAGGGCAGCGGGUAGGGGAGGCAAAGCUGGCGGGAGGGGAGCUAAAGGUGGUAAGGGGGGUAAAGGCGGUGGUAAAAAAGGUUCUACAGGGAACUUUGAAUCCAACUGCAUUAUGGCCACAUGUACGCUAUGCGGUAAUGCCUCUCGCAAGGGAGGUCAUUGGGAUCUGGAGACAGUCAAGCGCUGUCCUUCGUGUUGUCAGUGUUGUGCGCUUUGUCGACAAGCUAUGCUGUUAGCAGCCGACACUCGAAAUAAGGUCAGCAAUAAAGACUAAAUUUGUACCAGGAUCCGAACGUCUCAAAAACGAAUGUUACUGAGCACUUCAACCUAAUACACGUGGAGUGUAAUAUAAUAAACGCUGAAAGUGUUGUAUCAUGUCUUUGCCCAACGACAGGUAUUGAAGACAGAGCUAUAACAGUAAGCCAACAAUAAUAAUGCCGUUAUAAUAUAACAUCACGCAUAUAUGUGUGAAUAAAUGUGUGUUAUCAUAUUGGGGUUGCAAAAAUGGAUUGCCUGCUCAGAUGGCUGAUAGAAGUUGCGAACAAAUACUGUUAUCCUUAAACGGAUGCUUUUUGGCAUUCAUGGAUAUUGGACCAUCGCUGGUGCCAGCCGAUUCCGGUCUCAUCGUUUAACAGAGGACGCACGUCAUGCCCAUAAAUACACACAUUCAAAAUGCCUAAUAUAUAUAUAUAUAUGCGUAAAUCGAUACAUUAAUUUUUUCGAUAUUUUGACGAUUUCCCUAUUUACGCCCGCCCAAAUCAUAUACGUAUGUCCCAUUAGUUUGAUCUCGUUUCAACUUGACAAUGUUGAGCGAAAAAUGCAUGAACAAGUCCGACAAGUUUAUUCAGAAAACGUAUUAGAGUCAAAACAAUGACACAUACAUUUUCUGAAGAUUCCAGAAUACUGUUUCGGGCGACGUUUGCUGCAGAGGCGUAGCAGUUCACGUUUAGCUAAGAGAAACGGUCUAAUAAUUCUUAAAAUGUACGAUGUCAGACGAAUUCAUGAGACAUUUGUUUAUGACUUGGAUGGGCGGAACCAAAAAUAAGUCAACUUUAAAAAUCGAAUGUCCUCUUUCAUAUAUAUAUAUAUAUAUAUAUAUAUAUAUAUAUUCUUAUAUAUAUGCGCGUGCACGUUAAAUUGAUAAACGGGUGUUUAGUUACUUCCCCAGUUAUAUUAAAUUUAAUUUCUGAGCGUUUAUGAGAAAGAUUCUCUAUUGGAAAACCUGCGUAGCUCUGUCCUAGCCUUUUCCGGAAUGUAAAACUACAGCUGACUGGAGGGUAUUAGAAGUAACAGCGUUACUUUUAUUGUACCAUUUCUAAGUUGUUGCGUUCAACUAGGUGCAUGGCACUUUUGGAGAAAUUCCGUGGGCGAGUAACAAAGCAAGUUAAGAGGCUGGAAACCUUCAAUGCAUGUACCUAAUCGAAAAAGGCUUCGGAAAACUGUUUUAGUUUACUUUGGCGGCAUGUGAAUUACACCCUCGUAGUUCCAAGUACGUGUCAUUUAUUUACAAACUUUAGUUUUAGGAUGCCACGACUUCGGGUGCAGUGUUCAAAUACCAAAAAAGGGCUGGAAAACCUGCGUUCACACAUUUCCAUAAGGUUGAAGGAUGACUAUUUCUGCUAAAAAAUAAAACGGGGUUUUUAUUCGACCUACUGUGUUAUAUAUAUAUAUACGUCAGAACUUUAUUUCGUCAUAUCGAAAGUGAUAUAAAUCCUGAGUUGGUGAGACGUGUUGAGACACAUUUGCCUUGCUCACCUCCUAGAUCAAAUAUAAAUCAUUGUUGUCAGCACGUGCUUGAUUGCCCAUUGUUAUUUGCCCAGGUGAUUGAUUGUUGCCCAUUUGUCAACAAACAUUGAUGGAAAAGAACACGUAGUUUAGAAGAAAUAGGUGGUACUAUCUCCGUUUAAUUUAUCAAUCUAUUUUAUUAUGGCUUUUAAGAGCGCUGGUGAAUACUUUUCUGGAAAGAUACAGCAAUACCCAUCUCGCCAAAACUUUCCAGUGUCUUUACAGUAUAAUAUAUUCAUUAA